AUAUGAGACUUUUGUGGUUACAAGAGACAGCGCAUAUCGGACGUGUUAUCUAUUUUAUUAUGUUGCAAUUACAAAAUGUGACUGGAGUGACCAAAAACAAAUAAAAACCUGUAGUAUUGAUUCAACAUAAAUUUAAAAAAGUUAGAGACCUUAUUACGAGGAAUCUACUCCUCGAAAAAAAAUGAAAACUAAAUUCAUGGAAUACGUAGACGUGGUGGUGGACUGUUGAAAUUUUAAAACUUGGUCAUGUUGAUCGCUAUCGCAAACUUAUUCUAACGUAAUUUUCAGUUCGAAAUAUUAGAGAGGAAGUUUUAUUUGGUAAAAUAUAUGCAAUUUCAAUCCACAUAGUUUAGUAGGAAGUUUUAUUUAUAGGGAUCUCCAUUGUCCGAACCUGUUGAAGCUUGUCUGCUUGGUUAACAAGAUAAUAUACAGUUUCCUUUUAUGUACACCCUGUUCGGAAUCUGAUAUAAUUCUUUGCUUAAUUUUCUUUUUUAUUGCAGCGUGCUCAAGUGUUGGUGCACUAACAAUUCUUAGUUUUUCUUAUAGUUCAUUCAUGGAGUUUGCACCAAAGAAUAACUUAAAUAUAUCAAUGCAGCAGUAAACGAGCAUCUAGCGGAACAUUUAUUUUUAAACCCUUGCGGUGAAUUCAAGUGAAAUAACUUCUAACAAAUGUUUUCAGUGCCUCCGCUCGGCAGUGAGAAGAAAAGGUCCAGUAUAUUUUCGUAAAAUGUUUAUUAACUCUGUUUUUAUAUAAGGUUGAUGGUUUAUCGAAACAUUAUUGAAGGAAAUGGUAUGUAUCUACCAAAAUGAAAGGAAUACUUAACACGGCAUACAAAAACGUCAUUCUAUAUUAUCCCAAAAUAGCAGAAUAUGAAGGCAGCGUAGAGCAAGAAGCAAGAAGAAAAAAAAUGUUUAAAAUAAAUCUGGAGCGAAGCGUUGUAGAGUGUAAUCUAGGCAAUCCAGUGACAACAGAAGAAUCUGGAAAUGAAAGAAGACCGGGAAGAGAGAAAAUGUUACCUUUUGCUGGGAAGUGUUCUGCGUACACCACUUGGCAACUAUGUGCGCUACAAGUAGUGUGGUCAUCGUCUGCGCUGGCCUCAGGGUCUCGGGACAUUGCAGUCUGCUAGGAAGUCUGAUAUCGUCAAACCUAAAACAGUUUCUUCUACCGAAUCCUGUUAUUGAAGCUCAAUUAGAUGUUAAGAAUAAUCAAAAAACAAAAAGUAUUUUAAGCCUACACCACUAGAUUAGCAGAAUAAGAAAUAGAAACUAAGUUGUCUGGCCCAAAUGAAUUAAAAUGUGUGCACACACAAAUUAAUGGUUUUGCGAGUGGUUAUAAAAUUGACGAAGCUCGCAAACUUUGAGUCGACCGACGAGAAAAUAAAUGAAUGAGAGCAAAAAAGGACGGUAAAAGUACCGUAAACAGAUUCAAAAUUUUGGAAGUUCAGAAUUUUGGCAGCGAAAUUCCUAGUGUUAAAAUUCAGCUUCGGUAUUAUUGAAUUCAAAAUGGUUCCACUGCAGGCAAAUGAUACCAAACUGUUUCCAAAUGUCAGGGAGUAUUCUUGACACAGGUAGUAUACACAAGAACAGAAGUUGAAUUAACAAAUACACUGAGAAAAACAUUUAAUUAUAGAUGCUAAACAAAUUUACUUAAAACCUAAAAAUGAAGAAAAACGCAGAUCAAUUCGCUCGGUACACAUGAAAUGGCUUUAUACAAAAGGUUCUAACUAAUAGUGAUAAAUACGUUACAAUGUACUAAAACUAGUACGAUUUUGACCUGAGUAAAGCAGCCUUAUUUGUGCGCACGGUCAUUUGUUUUGGAUUGAACAUUCGUAGCAACAUAGUGGUUAAAUGAACACAAGUGUAAAUGUGAAUUCAAUUUAUAACAAUGUGAAAAAAAAGGAAACUCGUAUGUAAUAAAGGUCUCAUACAUAAGUUAUCGUUAAUACAAUGUAGAAUACAGCGUCGGCAAGGAAUUUAAAUUGGUUAAUAGACAUAAUGAAUUGAAAAAAUUUAUUACUGUGAAGACACGCUAAUGCUCAAAUUAUGAUCGUAGAUUGGUUGGUAAGAUACGAAAUAAAGGUUGAUUGGUUGGUAACAAACGCAGAGGCGAAAUAAAGGUUGAUUGGUUGGUAACAAACGCAGAGGCGAAAUAAAGGUAAUCGUGCAGUCGUGUUAGC